UGUAGCUUUAAGCAUGAGAAUUACAUUGGAAUCUGAAGGUCGUGGACAAACAGACAAUUUUUUUGUAGUCAAUGACACGUCACUCGGACCCAAAAUUCCGUAACGCUGAACGAUUAAAACUCAGAAUUAGCAUUUAUCUACAAAUAUGGGGGGGAUUUUCUCCAGUUUGUUCUCCGGGCUUUUUGGGACCCGAGAGAUGAGGAUAUUGAUUUUGGGACUGGAUGGUGCCGGGAAGACCACCAUCCUUUAUCGCCUACAGGUCGGGGAGGUUGUCACCACCAUCCCAACAAUCGGUUUCAAUGUAGAAACGGUGACGUACAAGAACUUGAAAUUCCAGGUGUGGGAUCUUGGUGGACAAACCAGCAUCAGGCCCUACUGGCGUUGCUACUACUCAAACACGGAUGCCGUGAUCUACGUGGUGGACAGCAGUGACAGGGAUAGGAUGGGAAUCUCCAAGUCUGAGCUGGUGGCUAUGCUGGAGGAGGAGGAGCUGAAGAAGGCCAUUCUGGUGGUGUUCGCCAACAAGCAAGACAUGGAGCAGGCCAUGACUCCCACGGAAGUGGCCAACUCCCUGGGCCUGCCCGCCCUCAAGGACAGGAAGUGGCAGAUCUUCAAGACGUCAGCGACCAAAGGCACGGGGCUGGACGAGGCCAUGGAGUGGCUUGUUGAGUCCUUGAAGAGCAGGCAAUAAGCAUGAUUCUGAUCUUAAACCCCCCCCCCCCCAUGUAAAUAUUCCUGAUUGAGCCCCCAGUCAUGGUUCAAGACCAUCCCCCCUCCCCAUUUUGGUGGCAGCUUCACACCCCUACGCUUCCCCAGGACAGGAGAGAGGCAGCAGGAGGAGGGCAUCAGCAAUGUAAAGCUCACGUUCAGUGAGUCAUCCACUGAAGGCUCAGACUUAUUUGAUUGGUUACCCAGUGGAACGGACACUCGUGAUUGGUGGCCCAGUAUGGUGGACUUUCAGACUUGUUCUUGGCCAAACUGGUCUUUUUGCAGGCCUUGUCUGGUGAUUUGUAUUAUUUUCUAUUCUCACACAAUUAAUAUGGGUCUGGAUUAUUUUUCUGUGUUUUGGUCAUCUUUGUCCUCAGGCAGACUGCAAAACAUUGAUAUGUUAUACUUUUGGUAACUGACACUAGUGUCUAUUUGUGUUUCUCUGCGAUUCAUUCCUAAUUGCUUAUUUAUUUAUGAGCUUCAUCAGUUCAAAACUGUUUGUUGAAGAAAAUAUGUAAUCAUGCUGAAAAGAAUAAAUCUGCAUUGUCAAUCUG